CCUCCCCUUGGCUUCCCCAGACCCUCCCAGAGCCUUUAUCAGGGAGCUGGACUGAGUUCCCCGCAAUAUUCCCAGAUCCCCUCCACUCCAAUCCUCUCUUCACGGCACCACGAGCGCGUGUGGGGAGUGGGCAGCGCUCCCAGCCAACCCCCUGGUCCUGCCAGACCACCCUGCCUCAGGCUCAGAGCAGCUCCGCAGGCAGCAUGCGGAGCACCCUGCUGUGUGCAGCCAUCCUGGCCCUCAGCCUGGCUCAGAGCUGCGGGGCUGUCUGUGAGGAGUCACAGGAGCAGGCGGCUCCCGGCAGGAGCUGGAGCAAGAAGAACUCUUAUCUCUACCAGCUGCCCCCGUCGUUGCUCAGGAGACUCUAUGACAGCCGCUCGGUCUCUCUGGAUGGAUUGCUCAAAAUGCUGAGCAAGGCUAGUGUGGAUCCUAAGGAAUCCUCACUUCCCCAGAAACGUGACAUGCAUGACUUCUUUGUGGGACUUAUGGGCAAGAGGAACAUUCAGUCAGAAACUUCCAUUGAUGAGAACCAAGAGAGCAUCCCCAGCUUUGGCAAAGUGAAGUAUCCCCCCACUGAGGAAUGAGCACUCCAUUCUGGAUCCCUGGGUGGCAUCAUGAAGACAGCCUGUCACCCUCUCCAGAGACCCUCUCCUACUUCCCUUUCUCAUCCUCAUAACUGUAGCAUCCUCGUGCUUUGACUUCCUUCUCAGCCCUCCACCCUGCCCUGGUGUAGAACUGCAUUGUGGGUAUUCCCAGUCCCAGCAUCGACUACAGAAUCCCCUGGAGUUUCUGUAGUACCCUACAUGGAAAAUAUGAUGUCCCGCUCUACUCCUCAACAAUAAAGGAUUUUUACAUAUGACCUACA